GGAAAUAUGGCGGCCCCUGCGUCGACGACUACUCGAUAGACAUUUAUUCCUCAAAAGAAUUAUUCGGAGUUUAGGAAAUACAGUAAGACAUCAACGGUAUUAACACCAAGAGUUUGUGCCUUCCCUGUGUACGCAGGAAACGGUCUGACAGCGCCCGGACAAACGUGAUAAAGGCAGGCAGAGUGUCCGUGUUGGAGUGCCUCGGGUACGGGAGUGUUUGAAGCACGGGAGGGAGAGACGAACGAAAAGCUUGGACACGGAAGUUGAGGAAAGGAAUUUGGUACCAAAUAAUGAGCUCUUAAUCUUCAGGAUUUGUUUUUGGAGAAGCUUCCCUUUGGAUUCAUACGUUACACUCUAUGCUUACGGGCUGCUGCAAAACUUGCCAACUUAGUUAACCUGUUGUUGACUAUCGCGUGAAGCUGAGGCGACUUGAGCCGAGCAAACUGGGGAUUUGUUAGCUAGGAGAUGCUAAGUUUGCUCUAACUUUUAUGUUCACUUAUAGGUGAGCGCUAACAUGUAAAAAUUAUGCUUCGUCAGCUACUGUGCUUAUUGGUAAUGCAAGCGGUUUGUCCUGACUUGGAAUUCAGUGUGUUGAGUUAUAGCUUGCUCAAAUGAAGCACCAUAAUAUUGGGAGCUUUGAUCAUUUCGCUCUUGUUUAGUCUGAUAUACGUGUGCUAAUCAGUUGCUCUGUUUAAUUCCCUAGAACCGACUAAUGACUACUGCUAGGCUUGGGGUCUUCUGAUCAUUUUAAAUAUUCAGGUUUACUGUGAAUUGUCAGUUUACCAUUGCAUUCUGAAUGCCUUAUACGUAGGCCUGUACAGAAAAAUAAGUAAAAUUAGUUGCAAAAUAAAAGCAGUGUUAAACUGGCAGUAACUAAAUCUUAUCCCUACAUAGACUAUUGACUUGUACAGUUCCCAAAACAGCUGCUGGUGGUGGCAGGUCCUCAGUGACUGUUGGCUGAAAAACAAGAUGGUCCUCCCCCGCUUUGACAGUGUUUUUAUAUCUGCUCCACACAUUACUGUGCCCCUAGGUAUUUUAAUUAUAGUGUAAAAGUGUUUUGAUGUCUUAGAAAUAUUCAAUGUAUUAAGUGUUGCUGCUCUUUUUUUAGGUUGUUUUAGAAUUUUUUUGCAGAUAGCAGCUCAUAAUGCAGCAGCCAGUUACUGUCCUACCUAACACUUCCAAACUCAGAAUGUAGUGGGUUAUUUUUAAUAUUGAUUUUGUUUUUUUUUUAAUAAUAUUUUUUAAUUAAUUUGUUGUUGUUGUUGUUGUUUUUUAGACUGUUUACAUCCUGAGCUAUGACACUAUUUGGUGGUACGAUUAGAUUUUGUAAUGUGGUUGAGAUUGCCUCAGUUGUUAUGGAGCUGUUGACAGUUUAUGCAUAAAGUGUAAAAAUCCAUGCCUUGAGAUUAGUUGCACCGUAGCAUAAGAGUGGAGCCCUCAAUGCGUGAUACGGACAAAGCAUCAAAGAUCUGGACACAGUGUCUGCCUUGCCACUGUGGAGGACACAGAAAAAACUACGUGGUGUCCCAAGUGGGAUUUGGAAUCUGGUGGUCCUGUCUGACAGAGAGUGUGCUUGUUGAGGCGGUCUACGCCACGGAAGGGUUCCCUUUGACUGGGUGUCAGUCCUCCACCUGCCCGACACUGAAGCCGUGAUUGACAUCAGCUGUGCUUUGGGGCUGCGGCCCGGCCACCUGCCCUUAUGGGGCAGCAGCCAGGGAAGUUUGUUGGGGACCAGAGACGACCAAGUUUGCCUGCUCUGAACUUCAUCAAGGGUGGCGGAAAGAGAGACUCAUCGCGGCAUGGUGCUCAGCACUGCAACGUGUUUGAAGUUCACGAAGCUCUUCAGCGGCCGGACUUCGAGCCCCCUGGUCUGUCUGAGGCUGCACGAUGGAACUCCAAAGAGAACCUUUUGGCGGGGCCCAGUGAAAAUGACCCCAACCUGUUCGUAGCACUGUAUGACUUUGUGGCGAGUGGUGACAACACUCUCAGCAUAACUAAAGGGGAGAAGCUGCGCGUGCUCGGCUACAACCACAAUGGGGAGUGGUGCGAGGCGCAGACCAAGAACGGCCAGGGCUGGGUGCCCAGCAACUACAUCACACCCGUCAACAGCCUGGAGAAGCACAGCUGGUACCACGGGCCCGUGUCGCGCAAUGCCGCUGAGUACCUGCUCAGCAGCGGCAUCAACGGCAGCUUCCUGGUGCGUGAGAGCGAGAGCAGCCCGGGCCAAAGGUCUAUCUCGCUGCGCUACGAGGGCCGCGUCUACCACUACCGCAUCAACACGGCCUCCGACGGCAAGCUGUACGUGUCCUCUGAGAGCCGCUUCAAUACGCUGGCCGAAUUGGUGCAUCACCAUUCCACAGUGGCGGAUGGUCUCAUCACGACACUACACUAUCCUGCACCCAAACGCAACAAGCCCACCAUCUAUGGGGUUUCGCCUAACUAUGACAAGUGGGAGAUGGAGCGUACAGACAUUACUAUGAAACACAAGCUAGGUGGAGGCCAGUAUGGAGAGGUGUACGAGGGAGUCUGGAAGAAGUACAACCUCACUGUAGCUGUGAAAACACUAAAGGAGGACACAAUGGAGGUGGAAGAGUUCCUAAAGGAGGCUGCAGUCAUGAAAGAAAUCAAACAUCCAAACCUGGUCCAGCUAUUGGGCGUCUGCACACGGGAGCCUCCCUUCUACAUCAUCACUGAGUUUAUGACCCAUGGUAACCUGCUAGACUAUCUUCGCGAGUGUAACCGCGAGGAGGUGAGCGCUGUGGUGCUGCUCUACAUGGCCACUCAGAUCUCCUCUGCUAUGGAGUACUUGGAGAAAAAGAACUUCAUCCACAGAGAUUUGGCUGCCCGCAACUGUUUGGUUGGGGAGAACCACUUGGUAAAGGUGGCGGAUUUUGGUUUGAGUCGUUUGAUGACGGGGGACACAUAUACAGCUCAUGCAGGAGCCAAGUUUCCUAUCAAAUGGACUGCACCAGAGAGCUUGGCAUAUAAUAAAUUCUCCAUCAAGUCAGAUGUUUGGGCUUUUGGAGUUCUGUUAUGGGAGAUUGCGACCUAUGGGAUGUCCCCAUACCCUGGAAUUGAUUUGUCUCAAGUAUAUGAACUACUAGAAAAAGACUAUCGCAUGGACAGGCCUGAGGGAUGCCCAGAGAAGGUCUAUGAACUUAUGAGAGCCUGUUGGAGAUGGAACCCAGCAGAUAGGCCAACCUUUGCUGAGACACAUCAAGCAUUUGAAACGAUGUUUCAAGAAUCCAGCAUUUCUGAUGAGGUGGAGAAGGAACUGGGGAAAAAGGGUAAGAAGCUGACACUUGGCCCAAUACAGCAGGCCCCAGAGCUCCCCACCAAAACUAGGACACUACGUAGAAACAUGGACAAAGAUGGGGAUAGCCCUGAUGCUGUUGAGGCAGAUGUAGCUGUGUCCCCGAUGCUUCCUCGAAAAGAGAGACCUCUUGUAGAUGGCAACCUGAAUGAGGAUGAUCGGCUGUUGCCCAAGGAUAAGUCCAAGAGCAGUCUCAACCCCUUCAACUUGAUCAAAAAGAAGAAGAAAACGGCUCCUGCCCCUCCUAAACGUAGCAGCUCCUUUAGAGAAAUGGACGGGCAUGCCGAUCGCCGAGGACUAGGAGCUGACUCCAGGGAUGACUUCAACAAUGGCUCAUCAUUUUCAGAUGCCGCUCAAGGCAUAGAACCGUCAAAGUUCUUUUGUGUCAAUAAUAAUGGUGCUGGGGGUGUCACUAAUGGGGCCCCCAUGUAUCCUGGUCAGAUCUUCCCUCCACAUCCACGAAAAAAGGGCACAAUAGCAACUCCAAGUGGGAAGAUGGCCACGACACUCCCAUGUGAGGAAGAUACCAUAUCCAACUCUAAGCGUUUCCUGAGGUCAUCAUCAGCCUCCAGCAUGCCCCUUGGGUCUGAGCGUAUAGAGUGGAAGUCAGUCACGCUCCCCCGUGACCUGCAGUCUCGUCACUUUGACUCGGGCACCUUUGGGGACAAACCUGCCCUGCCCCGCAAGAGGGCAAGUGAGCUAAAACCAGAGUGUGUCCCACGUCGUGGCACCCUUACUCCCCCUCCGCGCUUGCCCAGGAAGACCGAUGAUGCUUCAGAUGAGGUUUUCAAGGAUGCUGAGUCUAGUCCAAGGUCAAGCCCACAGACACUAACCCCGAAGCUGAGUCAUCGGCCACAAGGGCAGACUGAUGGCUCCAAAACUAGUGCCUUGCAGGCAGAGCUUCUCAAAUCCAGUGUGUUUCCUGCCCUUGGGGCUGCUGGGGAGGAGUGCAGAGCACGCAGGCACAAACAGCCUCUAGAAAUCUCUGCUCAGAGGGAGCGAGAGAGGGACAGGGGGAAGUUCGCAAAACCGAAGCCCACUCCUCCUCCACCGCCACCUUCAAAUGUCAAAUCUGGAAAAAGUUCAAGAAGCCCCACUCAAGACCUAACCUCUGACACUAAAGUUAAAGUCACUCCUGAUCCAAGCCCCUCAAGCCCUGUCUCAAGUGAACAAGGAAGGCCUCUCCUAACUCCAAAUGAGGGCACCAAAAAACUCAGUUCCUCAAAAGGACAGCCAUCAAAGGGCACUUCCAGUUCUCCCACGAGUCCAUCACUGGUGGCUGGGUCAAACUCUCCUGUUGGUGAUCAGGCCACAGCUACUGCUUUUAUCCCUCUCAUGACUACACGGCGCUCCUUGCGAAAAACACGUCAGCCAACUGAGCGUUUUUCCAGCUCAGCCAUCACACGGGAGAUGGUUCUGGAGAGCACUGAGCUCCUGCGUACUGCCAUCAGCAGGAACUCAGAGCAGACAGGCAGCCACAGUGCAGUCCUGGAAGCUGGCAAGGACCUGUCCAAGUACUGCGCAAGCUACGUAGAGUCCAUACAGCAGAUGAGAAACAAGUUUGCCUUUCGUGAGGCCAUCAACAAGCUAGAAAGCAGCCUCAGGGAGCUGCAGAUCUGCCCUACAGCCACUGGGGGCACCAGCACACCACAAGACUUUACCAAGCUCCUGUCCUCUGUCAAGGAGAUCAGUGACAUUGUUCAGAGGUAGCUGAAGAGCCUGAAUCCGCCAUUGUUCCUUCUUCCCUACUCUUCAUGGCAACAAUCGGAAUAAUGAUCUUGUAAAACUAGAUGGGUUGGGGGUGGCUUUUUCUGAAUGGCUGAGACAUACAUUUUUCCUGAAUGGCUGAGACAUACAUUUUUCCUAAACAAAAUUAAUACGCAUCUUUUCACAAAAUACUGGAGGAGACAAAGUUUUGUUACUGUGCAAAGAUUCAUAGAAACCAUGCCUUGAGGGUUUAUCAUCAAAAAAUCUUGAAAUACAAUUCAGUUUGCUGAUGCAAGAGCCAAGACCAAGUGUUAAUUGAGAACAGUUGGAUCCUGAAUUCCACUUUGCAUAUACGUGUUCCUUUUCUCCUCACACUUUUCCCCAGAUAGCCCUCUGUCAUGUUGCUGUGAAGGUUUCAAAAGUCAAACCUUGUAUGCAAUAUCUUUCAGCUCCCAUUGCAUAGAAACCAAGGUAAAUACACCUUUAGGGGACCUUUUACUACGUACAAAGAUCUUGCACAUGGCAGAAACGUGUAUCCUUCUUCUAGACUUUUGUUCCCCAGCUGGCCUAUAAUUUCUUUCUUGUGGUUGCAACCAUUCUUGUAAACCAUCUUGCCUUUUCAUGUGUGACGUUAAUAGUCCCAUGAUGUGAGGAAUGGUUGUUCAUACUGAGACCAGUUAAGUAUUAUACAAUCACUGUGUCAUGAAAAGUUCCAGAUCAGUACAAUUCUUUCCACCGUGCUGCUGGCCUUUUAAACAAUUGUGCCUUAAACGCUAUUGCUUAAACAACAUGGAGUAGCCCUUAAGCGUCACCAAGAAUCAGCAACAGACUGAAAAAAGACUGACUGAACGUUGUAAGUUAUAUAUUUGUCUACAGUAAUGGACAUGGAUGUUUGAUUCUGAACACUACUGUCUCCAGGAGCUGGAGAAGGACUGGUACACAAGACCAGCAACAUGAGGACCUAUGUAUCUGAAUGUUUUAUUUUAUAUUAUAUUGUGAAAGAAUGUCAGAUACCACUCAAUGAUGUCAUUUCCUAAUACUCUGCACACCACUCUCAGAACUGCCAAAAGACUUAAAGGGUUAGAAUCACUAACAUCAAGGAUGUCCCUUCAGAUCUUUUGCUGCAAGUCUUAUGGUUCAGUGGCACCAUCACUUGACUUAUAACAAGGACUGACACAUUGAGUGCUAAGAAAUUGUAUACUUAACAAACCAAUGAACCUUCACUGCUAAGUCAAAAAACUCUUGCUAAAAUGUUCCUUGUUUUAUUUGUAUAAUUAAAAUGCAGUUGUUUUACAGUAUUAGUGUUAGCAUUUGCAACACUUAGCCCUCUGACUGCGAUGCUUAAGGAUGAAGCCAACUACAUGUGUCAACAUGGUACUACCGAUGUUGAUUUUUUUUUUUUUUUUUUAAAUCAUAAAUCAUGCCACUACUCUUUCUAUGCGAGCAUCCGUUUUGUACACUAAUUUGCUCGUCUUUGUAAAUACACACUUUUUUCUUCCUGUAACCAUGGUUCAAUUUGUUGCAUAAAAUAUAAAGCAGUUUUGCUACUUGAAACAUCA